AUGCAGGAGAACUGGAGCAAGUCCUUCUUUUUCUCUGUUCUCUAUGCCGCCAUAAUAUUUGCAGGCCAGCGUGUAAUGAAAGAAAGGAAAAGAUUUGAACUGCGAAGACCUCUAGUCCUGUGGUCGUUGGCCCUCGCUAUCUUCAGUAUCAUCGGAGCAGUCCGCACUGGCUAUUAUAUGAUUACCUUGCUCCUGUCUAGCGGCUUCAAUCAAUCAAUAUGUGACCGUGGAUUUUAUAAUGGGCCUGUUACCAAGUUCUGGGCAUAUGCCUUUGUCUUGAGCAAGGUCCCUGAGCUUGGAGACACUUUGUUCAUUGUCCUUCGCAAACAAAAGCUGAUCUUCCUACACUGGUAUCAUCACAUUACUGUACUGCUCUACACCUGGUACACAUAUAAGGACACCGUGGCUGGAGGAGGAUGGUUCAUGACAAUGAAUUACACUGUCCAUGCUUUCAUGUACUCUUAUUACACACUGAGAGCAGCAGGGAUCCAUGUGCCACGAUUCUGUGCCAUGUUCAUCACAGUGACCCAGAUCCUGCAAAUGGUAAUGGGCACUGUGGUCAAUGUUCUGGUGUACCGGUGGAUGCAGGAUGGGACAUGUUCAAGCACAAUGGAGAACAUAUUCUGGUCAACUAUGAUGUACUCAAGUUAUCUGGUGCUUUUCUGCAGCUUCUUUUAUAAUGCUUAUAUGAAAAUUCCAGCCAAGAGUAAGAAAGAAUAA